UUUGUAUGUACGAGCAAGAGAAGCCGACGUGACGACAUACUGAAAAUUCCACUUAUCAUUAACUAUAGACAUACAAGUGUUUUGUGUGUGUCGAGGACAGAACGACAUGACCAAGACACUUUUUAACAAGAGUGCGUUUCUGUGUCUUGUUAAACGUAGACGUUAGAAGGUCAGCGCCGUUAGCUGAACUGUGUUAGCAGCGCCGUUAGCUGUUUUGUUUUGUUCCCUGUGGAAGAGCCUGUCGGUGCUUUAACACAUGAGUGUGUCGCUGCUUGUUAUCCGUUUGGAGUUAGCAGACCAGUCUCCUUCUCCGCGGGGUUUCCUGUACUCCGCUGUUGAAGACAUGUCCGAAGAGGAGCGGCAGGACCGGGCUCUGGGUUUUGCCAAACUCACCCGAGAACUGGAGAGAGCAGCUGUGCUUCACCAAAACAUUGGCAGCAGAGCCAUGGCAGAGAUGAUGAUAGAAACAUUUGAACCCUGCCCAGAUAAAGGGGGAGGUGAGGAGUCAGGUCCUUCUGGGCAGACAGGGGAAGCUCGGGCUUCAAACCCAGAGGACACAGAGGGUUCACAGCUCAACAGUGAGACGUCCAGCACUUCUGCAGACUCUCCCCCCAAACAGCUGCCAGAUCAGAUCUCCUUCUUCAGCGGAAACCCCUGUGUAGAGAUAGUCUACGGCAUCAUGCACCUCUACAAAACUAACAAAAUGACUUCAUUAACUGAAGAUGUCAGACGCAGUGCCAUGGUGUGUAUCCUGACCGUGCCGGCGACCAUGACCAGUCACGAUCUGAUGAAGUUCAUGGCUCCAUUCAAUGACGUGAUAGACCACAUGAAGAUAAUACGGGACUCUACUCCCAACCAGUACAUGGUUCUGGUUAAGUUUCAGACACAGGCCGAUGCAGACAGCUUUUACAUGGCGUGCAACGGCCGCCAGUUCAACUCCAUAGAAGAAGCAGUGUGUCAACUGGUCUAUGUGGAGAGGGCAGAGGUCAUAAAGUCUGAAGAAGGAGCCAGUCUACCAGUGAUGGAACUCACAGAGCUGCCAAAGUGCACCGUGUGCCUGGAGAGGAUGGACGAGUCCGUCAAUGGCAUCCUCACCACUCUCUGCAAUCACAGCUUUCACAGUCAGUGUCUCCAGCGCUGGGAUUAUGUCUCGUGUCCUGUUUGUAGGUACUGUCAAACCCCAGAACCAGUCGAAGAGAACAAGUGUUUUGAGUGUGGAGUGCAGGAGAACCUGUGGAUUUGUUUGAUCUGUGGUCACAUCGGCUGUGGCCGCUAUGUUAGCCGUCAUGCACAUAAGCACUUUGAGGAAACGCAGCAUACCUACGCUAUGCAGCUCACCAACCACCGUGUGUGGGACUACGCAGGAGAUAACUAUGUACAUCGACUUGUGGCCAGUAAGACAGAUGGUAAGAUGGUCCAGUACGAGUGUGAAGGAGACAUCUGUCAAGAUGAGAAGAUUGAUGCACUUCAACUAGAGUACUCCUACCUCCUGACCAGUCAGCUGGAAUCUCAAAGGAUUUAUUGGGAAAAUAAGAUCGUGCGUCUGGAGAAGGAGACGGCCGAGGAGAUUAACAACAUGAAAGCCAAAUUUAAGGAAACCUUGGAGCGCUGUGAUAACCUGGAGCAACGCUUAGGGGAAAUAACUAAAGAGAAGCAGGGCUUUGAGAAAAGGUUCACUCAAGCAAACAGCAGAAUUUCAAAGCUGGGCCAAGAGCUGAAGGAGGAACAGGAGAUGAACCGUUGUCUGAGAGCCAAUCAGACUCAACUGCAGAAUCAGCUGACAGAGAAGGAGCGCAAGGGAAAAGAGAGUGGAGAGCGUAAGGACAUGAUGAUUUCAGAACUGCAGGAGCAGCUGAGAGACGUCAUGUUCUAUCUGGACACUCAGCAGAGGAUCGAGUGCCUGCCCUCGGAGACACGUCACCAGCUCCAGGAGGGACAAAUCAUCACAGACAGUCCUGCUGCAGACGAUGCUCUGGGCUCAGCAGAAGCUGGCCCCUCCUCCAGCAGAGGCAGGAGAGGCCGGGGCAGGAAGAGGAAGUAGUCGUCGUCCCCCGUCCCCCGUCCCCCCAACUACCAAUGAAGUGCUGAGAACUGUUCACUGUCUGUCUGUAAAGAAGGAAACGCCAUCAUGACAGGUCAUUUGGUAGAACAGUGUGUGUGGUUCACUGACAUGGUGGUGAUGGUAUAUCACUGGGGUGUUUGUUUGAAGGAUGGAAUAUUUUGAUAAAGUCAUAUCACGUCACAGUUUGAUAGGGUGGAGGUUAUAGGAGGGAAAUGUGAGAGUGACACCAGGAUAAGGAUCUGUGAGGUCAUCAUGACCUGUGUGAAGGACCGUGGUUUAGUUUAGUUGAAUUAGUACAGCAGUCACACAAUCGUCUAGUGCUGCUUCAUCCUUUUCAGGGUCACAGAGGUCACAAGACAGGACACUCACGUUCACACCGCAAUUAACUUAAUCCUGGAAACUCAGUCCAUGAGGAACAUAGUUUAGAGCUUCUGUUAAAAUCGGGGAUCUUUUUGCUGUAAGGCAGUGAUGAUCAACUGGUGGUCCGCUGGUCCAAUCCGGCCCACCGAACCAUCCAAUCCAGCCAGUGUCUGGAUUCCAAAUGUGAUAUAUUAAUUUCAUUGUAUUGGAGUGUCCACCCUCUAAGGUGUCUGUCUAGAACAAUCCUGGCCCUCUGACAAAUAUAGUUGGUGACCCCUACUGUAAGGCAAGAGCACUGACCACCCUUCCACCAUGUGGCCCAAUGUAGGUAGCAAUUUAAUGUUGACUACAGCAUACCUUACCUAGUGCAGACAUAUUCAUGUCAUCAGUGCCUGCAGUAUUUAUGACCUAAACAGAUUGACUUCAGUGAACCCGUUCUGGAGACACUGGGAGCUUUUAUGGUAUGGUGGUUAUUCACUUGAAUAGUAUUUUUAAAACUGCUGGAUUUUAAGACUCUAAUGGUCCACAGUGUAAUGGUGUUUGUCUUACUGCAAGCAUCAUGGCGUGAUUAGGUCAACCGGACACUUUCAAUGAACCAUGGGUGUGAAUAUGAGUGUGGAUGGUUGUUUAUGGCCCUGUGAUGGAGAAAUGAGUCGCCCAAGGUUGAACUCACCUCUUAUAACUCCACUCUGAAACUCUAAACAGGUCUAAAUGAAGAUUUAUCACAUUUUAUUUUUUUAAGUAGCAAUAAUGGUUUCUUUAAA